GGAAGAGCACCAAACAGCUGUUUCAAUAUCGAAAAGAGGAAGACCAAAGUAAAGCUCCGUUGGCAGUGCAGAAACUCGUGUGCCAAAAACUACCAAGAAAUGUCGCAAGUCGAGGAAACUCCCGUGAUAGAUGGAGUUGCAACUGGAGCUGGAUCUCCGGAACAGGCGGCCGCAGUGGCCGUGGCAGCGGAUGCCUCAGAAACGGAGCGUCUGGUAAAGCUUAUCAUCGCCAUGGGCUAUCCGGAGAGCGAGGCACGCCUAUCGCUGGCGCGUUGCAGCAACAAUGUCCAGAAGGCCGUGCAGCUUCUGGUCGAAGGUGCCGAUGAGGACGACAAUGGUGAAUCUCGACGACGUCGUCGUUGUCGUCGCUCCCUUAAGAAGCUGCGAUCAACACUUCUUGGCGAUCCUUGCGCCACGGACGACGCCAUCGUGCAGCUGAUGCGGGAGCAGAGCAGUGCCCUGGCAUUUGCGGAUAUGAUUCGUGAAAAUUCCGACCAGGUUAUGAAGCUGUUGGUUGCCCGGGAGGAUUCGGAGGCAGAGGUGUUGGAGGAGCAGGUGGAAUUGAAGCUGACGGAGGAAGAGGAGGAGGAGGAGGCAUCGGACGAAGGGGAUAUAUCGCCAGCUUCAUCUGCGGAGAGUUCGCCGCCCAGCAACUAAUGCGUUUAUUUGUAACUAUACUCUAAGAUCCUAUAGUUAUAACAAGCGAUACUUAAGCGAAUCGAUCUAGCCGUGUCCGUCAGUUUCUUCAUUGAUAGUUUCCCUUAAAACUUGAAUGUUCAGGGGAGUUUUUGUUUUCAUUUUGAAAUAUUAUUGCUAUACUGAAUACUGAAACCAAAUCAAAACCAUUUGGCAUCAUAAAAAACUUAUCGUUCAUGUAAUUUAAGGGUAUCUCUUUGUCGAUCACACUUGCUUUCUUACUUCUUAAUAUAUGAAUGAAAUUGUAUUGCGAUAAUUCGAAUAUGUAAUUAAAAGAAGACAUUAAAUGAAAUCCUGGUGAAUCUUCUGCUUUAAAUUAA